CCGCCCGCCCCGCAGCCUGCCCGCAUCCCGCCCCCUCCCGCAGCGCGAUCCCGGCCGUGCCCGGCGCGGAGCGGCCCCGCGCAGCCAUGGGGCACCCGCCGCUGGAGUUCAGCGACUGCUACCUGGACAGCCCCGACUUCCGAGAGCGCCUCAAGUGCUACGAGCAGGAGCUGGAGCGCACCAACAAGUUCAUCAAGGACGUGAUCAAGGACGGCAACGCGCUCAUCGCCGCCAUCCGCAGUUACUCCUCGGCGGUACAGAAGUUCUCCCAGACUCUGCAGUCCUUUCAGUUUGACUUUAUCGGUGACACCCUAACAGAUGAUGAGAUUAAUAUUGCCGAGUCCUUCAAGGAGUUCGCAGAGCUUCUCCAGGAGGUAGAGCUCGAGAGAUCGAUGAUGGUACAAAAUGCUAGUGAUUUGCUGAUCAAACCUUUGGAAAAUUUUCGGAAGGAGCAAAUAGGGUUCACCAAGGAAAGAAAGAAGAAGUUUGAGAAGGAUGGUGAGAAGUUUUAUUCCAUGCUGGAUCGCCAUUUGCACCUGUCUUCUAAAAAGAAGGAGUCUCAGUUACAGGAGGCUGACCUUCAGGUUGACAAAGAGAGGCACAAUUUCUUUGAGUCCUCCCUUGAGUAUGUGUACCAGAUCCAGGAAGUACAAGAGAGCAAGAAAUUCAGUAUUGUUGAACCGGUGCUGGCUUUCCUCCACAGCCUCUUUACUUACAACAACCUGACGGUUGAGCUCACGCAGGAUUUCCUCCCUUACAAGCAGCAGCUCCAGCUCAGCCUGCAGAAUACAAGGAACCAUUUUUCCAGCACGCGGGAGGAGCUGGAAGACCUGAAGAAAAGGAUGAAGGAAGCCCCCCUGACGUGCAAGCUCCCUGGGCAGCCAACCAUCGAGGGCUAUCUGUACACCCAGGAGAAAUGGGCACUGGGCAUCUCCUGGGUGAAGUAUUACUGCCAGUAUGAAAAAGAGGCGAAAACCUUAAGAAUGACCCCCAUGGACCAGAAGCCUGGUGCUAAGCAGGGCACCUUGGACCUGACACUGAAAUCCUGUGUCAGGAGAAAGACUGACUCGAUAGACAAAAGGUUUUGUUUUGACAUUGAAACUAAUGAAAGGUCUGGGACCAUCACUCUGCAAGCGCUCUCCGAAGCGAACCGAAGGCUGUGGAUGGAAGCCAUGGAUGGAAAGGAGCCAAUCUACCACAGUCCCAUCACGAAGCAGGAAGAGAUGGAGCUGAACGAGGUCGGCUUCAAGUUUGUGCGGAAGUGCAUCAACGCUGUGGAAACAAAAGGUAUUUCUACAGAGGGCGUCUACCGAACUGUUGGCAGCAAUAUUCAGGUGCAGAAAUUGCUGAAUGCCUUUUUUGAUCCAAAAUGCCCAGGGGACGUGGACCUCCAAAGCAGUGAAUGGGACAUCAAGACCAUUACCAGCUCGCUGAAGUUCUAUCUCAGGAACCUGUCGGAGCCCGUCAUGACGUACAAGCUGCACAAGGAGUUGGUCCUGGCUGCCAAAUCUGAGAACCUGGACUACAGGCUGGGAGCCAUUCACGCCCUGGUCUAUAAACUACCUGACAAGAACAGAGAGAUGUUAGAGCUCCUCAUACGACACCUAGUCAACGUGUGUGAGCACAGCCGAGAGAAUCUGAUGUCACCGUCCAACAUGGGGGUGAUUUUCGGGCCAACCCUCAUGCGGGCGCAGGAGGACACCGUGGCCGCGAUGAUGAACAUCAAGUUCCAGAACAUCGUGGUGGAGAUCCUCAUCGAGCACUUCGGGAAGAUCUACUCUGGCCCCCCAGAGGACAGCGCUGCCCCACCAGUGCCUCCCCCCAGGGUGGCUGCCCGGAGGCACAAGCCCAUCACCAUUUCCAAACGUCCUCUGCGGGAACGACAUGUCUUUCUUGGGGCUUCCGUGGAAGAAAGUGGAGCAGACCAGCUCGGCCAGACCCCCAACGGCAGCAUCAGCACGGAGGCCCCCAGACCACUGCUCCGCAGCCGCCUGCCCGCACCCCGGCCUGGGGGGGAGGAACCGGGGCGGCCGCCUGCGGAGCUGGAGGUGGGCAAGCUGGUGGCCAGGCUGCAGGACGGAGGUGUGAAGCUGGCCGGCAAAGCUGCCAACGGCGUGGUGAGCAGCCCUGCCCUGCGAACCUCCACGCUGCAGGCCAGGAGACCCGCGCCCCGGCCGGGCGGCUGCGGCAGAGAUGGCGAGUACGACGGUGUCCCCAAGCCGCGGUCCCAUGGUGAUAAGCCUGUGAUAACACGUCCCCCCGUGAGACCUCCAGACCCACCGUGCAGGGCUCCCAUCCCACAGAAGCUGGAGCAGAGGCCGGACCUGAUAGCAGGGACAGCAGAGGAAAUGCCUUCCUCCGUAGUGGCCUCCAGGACCAAGUUCUUUGAGACAGCGUCCCGAAGGACCAGCAGUUCUUCAUCUCCACAAGGCAGGAUCCCAGGUGAUGAGAGCUGAGACUAAAGACAGUGCAACCAUCUCAGCCCAGCUAGACCGAGGAGAUGUUCUGUGCUUGUGAAAUGGACGUGUCACAGCUAAGACUUUUCCAGUUCAAAUGACCUGGAGAGCAGCUAUCAUACUGGACGAUAAUUUCAGAGUGUGCUGUCAGAAGUGGCUCAAGAAAUUAGGAGGAGAUAAAAAUGGAGAGAAGGCCAUUGCCACACGUUUGUCUUGAACUGUUCCCAGCCCUGUUGCCAUUGCUCUCUGCCCGCGCAGUCGGGCAGGGGCCGUCCUCGGGCUGAGAAAGGGACAGCGGAGGUGGGAGCUCUGUGCACCUGCUCACGUUUUGAAAUAACCCUGGUGAAGGGUGACCUUGGACAGACGUCACAGUCAAAGUUCAAUAUGCUGAUUCCCCGUGCUUGGAUGCUGGGGAAGAAUGACCGGCAGUUGCAUCCUUGCCUCGAGAUGCUCGUCCCCUCCACCACGUUCUCCUGGCUCACGAAGCAGUGGUGUGCUUUUCCAUGUGCGUUACUGGCAGCGCUGCUCGCACUAGGGCUGGCAGGGCAGCAGGAGCCACCGGGGAGCAGUGAGGCACAGCCCUGCUCCUCCUGCAACUGGAGCUGCUCCCCACGGACCCAGCAGAAGUCUCAGAGGCUGCUGUUAUUCUGCUGAGCCAGCACAGAGGGGAGGAACUGAAACUCCAAAAGCAUGGGUCAAUGCCCAACAUUUUUCUAAGGGGAACACAGUUUCUUGUUUGCUUGUUACAUUAGUUUCCAAUCCAAGAGAUCUCCCUCUCUUUCCCUCAGCAGCAGUAUUGUAUUGAUGCCUGUGGCCUGGAAGGGGAACGCGUUUCUCCAAGCCGGGACCUCUCGCAGCGCCUGUGUAGAGGUCUGCGGCUCCGGCCGACAUCAGGGCUCAGCACUGAGCCGUAGCACUUCCCUGCUUUCUGUUACCAGUCCAAAGGCAGCUUCUCUGUUUUCAGUGACUUCCCUUGGGCGCCGGGAGCAUUCCCAGGGCGGUUGCAGACAUUCCCGUCAGCGCUUCCCAGGCGCUUCGUCCUCCCGGGCCCAGUGCAGCUGUGUGGGCCGGAGGCUGUGGCCGCGCUCUGUGCUGUGUGGGUGCUUGGCUCUGUGUGUGUCUCACCCCUGCCUGCUUCCUUCCUGGCCGUGGUGCUGGCCUUCACCAGGCACACGAGCGCUGUGUCCGUGGUGCUUCCGCUCCCGUGGGCUUCUGCAGUGCCCCAGCUCCUCGCUCCUGUACUCGUACUCUGCACAGUGGCAUGGAACAGUGGCUUUAAAAAAAAGGCGUAGUGUCACCACCUAGACUACAUGACAUGCAGCAGCAUCUCAGGGCUUCUCCAUGCUAAGCUGAGCCCUCUGCUGCACCCUCUCGUGAGCGGACGGGGGGUGAGCAGCAUCAAACCGGAGUGCAUUGUAUUUCUGGCCACACGUCCGCCCUCAGAGCUCAGCAUCGAGUGCCCAGGGCAGGGGUGCUCCUUGGGCAUGGGCAGCUUCGUCCCCAGAGCUGUCACAGCCGUCGUGUCACCCCACGCUGCUCCCCAUUUCUGAUCUGAGGACCGAGCUGUGUGCAGUGGCAGCUGUUGGUUCUGUCCCAGUGCUCCAGAACCAAUCCAGCACCGUGCGUGUGCCCUCGCACCGAUGCCUGUGGGACAGCAGUGGAGUCUGAAAAAGGAAAAAGCCGAGGCUCAUUGUCACCCUCAGUGCUGUUAACAGGGGAAGGAAGUGGCUUAUUAAGAACACGUCUCAGUGUCCUUUUAAAUGUGUUUGUCGCACGUCUGUGCUGGCUGGGGUCUCUGUGCUGGGCCGGGCGUGCAGCCGCUGCAUUGUGCUGUGCUGGGGGAGCCCGGGCUGUCAGCGCCGCAGCCGUUUGGUCCCAAAACAGCGCACAGAGCUUCGAUGUUUAUAAAGUUUCCAUGAAGUUAAA